AUGGAAAUAAAACUUCAACGUAAAGAAGCUAAUAAGCUUUUUAAACAAGGAUCCUAUGAAGAAGCUCGAUCUCUUUAUAGGCAAGUGUUGGAUCGAAUUGGAGGGUCUAAUGUAUUGCCUCGAUUCGAGAUCACACUCCAGAUUGUUAAAACCUCUAUUUAUCUCCAAGAUUACGAGAUUGCAAAAAGUGACUGUGAGAGUGCUAAACUACUAGCAAGAAGAUUAAGUGACAAGAAACUUCUCCAAUGCGAGAAAUAUUUAGGUGAGAUUUGCCAUCAACAAGGUAAUCAUGAAGACGCAUUACAAUAUUACAAUUUAGCUUACCGACUAUCAGUACAAAUUAACGGAAGCAAACAUCUUACAACUGCUGAUAUAUCGCACCAGAUUGGAGAUGUAUACGUAGCAAUGCAACAUUACAGCGAUGCUUUAACGUCCUAUAAGCAAGCACUGAAGGUAAGACAAAAAAGACUUGCGAAAUUCAGCAAAUUGAUCGCUAACUCAUACUUUGCUAUUGGAAAUGUUUACUCUUGUGAAAGAGAGUAUAAACUAGCCAUCACAAACUUUCAAGAGAGUUUAGCUAUUCGACACAAACUGUUUGAAAAUAAUCAUUUGCUUAUUGCUGACUGCUACGAAAGAUUAGCGCAGAUAUGUAACGAUCAAUGUAAAUUUCAUGAAGCUGCAUCAUUGUUUGAAAAAUGUCUUAAAAUUUACCUAGUAGUUGGUGGUAAAACAAAUUUCGAUGUUGCACAACUUUACCGUAACAUUGGAUUGGCCAAAUUUGAUAAUGGUGAUCAUGGAGAGGCCCUUUCUAGUCAUCAGAAAUGCUUAGAAAUCUGCAUCAACAUAUAUGGAGAAGAGCAUCCUAACGUAGCUAUGUCGUAUAGCAGUUUGGCUUCUAUAUACUAUCAGCAAGAGGAAUACCAGCAAGCUUAUGAUAUGUUUCGAAAGUCUCUGGAUAUUAAUUUGAAAGUAUUAGGUAGUAAUCACUGGAUAAUUGCUGAUACUUAUCAUAAUAUCGGUAAUAUUCAUUAUAAUCAAGAAAAAUGCAGCGAUGCUUUAAAGAUGUACCAGGUAGCUAUGUUCAUGCGACUGAAACAAACAAGAAAUGAUCAUAUUCGACAUCGUAUUGCUGAUUCGUAUUUCGUAGUUGCUAAUGUAUAUGCAAAGCAGUCAAAGUACCAUGAUGCUCUGGAAAUGUUUCUAAAGUCUGUCAGUAUUUUCCAAAAUUUAUAUGGAGAAAGUAAUAUUGUAGCCAUAAUUUAUCAAAAAAUUGCGGAGUUAUACGAUAGGGAUGGCAGAGCUGACGACGCAAAUGAUAUGCGAUCGAGAGCUUCGGAAAUAUUCGAUAGAUUAGAGCAUGGACAAAUUCCAACACCGAUACAAACUACAUCACCAGUUAUCGUCGAAAAUGAUUACUUCAAGGCUUACAUGAUUGCUACAAUAUAUGAAGAAUGCCAUAGCGAUUGCACACGCCUCACAUUUAUUGGUCCUAGCGAUUCUGGUAAAAAUUUUAUCGUCAAGUUGUUAACGAAGCAAAAUCUUACAUCGCCAUAUGUCGCUGAAAAUACUGAAGCAAUGCUGGAUCUUUCCACUGGUAAUAUCUUUAAACAGAAGACAGAUGACUAUCGUAAAAUAGUCGGUAAAAAGAUUGCUGCAACAAUGCUGUCGAUAACGCAACAGAUGGAGAGUCAGUAUAAAAUGGAAGAGAGUUCUUUAUCUGAGCUAAUACUUUCGAAAAUUGAAACAGUCCCGGAGGCGAACCCUACUAUCAUUUCUUCUUUCACUUCUGAAUAUGAUGAAAACAGACUUGAAGAAAGAAUUUCAAAUACCGAUACGAAUCUAAACGCUAGUCCAAGCACUCAAUAUGCUAGUGUAGAUACUAGACGAUAUUUAGAUACAUUCAAUGAUUUCAUGCAGCAGUCUCUUCAACUAUGUGAUGCAGACAAUUCUCAAAGAUCUUAUUACAGCAAUGUUUGGGAAUUCGGAAGUAAGAUAUCGUGGAAUCUACGCCAACUUUUUACGCUUCGUAACAGCAUCUAUAUUUUGACAUUGGACAUUACUGAAGCUACAAACCAAACAUCUGCAACGAACGAGGAGCGUACAACAUUGAAUACCUUUCUAGAUAGUAUCAAAGAAUGUUUAGUCUCUGUUCUUGACGGUCACUGCGAUGAUGCCAUUUCAGAUCCAAUUCAAGUUGACGAUGCUGACUUGGAUGUCGGUAUAUAUGAAGAAUUUGCAUUACCUGUCGUUAUCUUUGUUGGAUUUCAUAAUGAUUGCGUAACCUCAGAUACUGUAAGAAUUUUCAAUAAUUUAACAGAAACAAUUUUUUCAACCUUUCCACAGUACAGUCGACAUAUUAUACCGUCCGAUGUUGUGUUUAAUUGCAAUCCGAAAGAUACUAGCUCUUAUGCAAUUGAACAGCGUGAGACAUCUUGUCAGGCAUUACGCAAAUUAAUUCAGCAUUUUACUAAAUUAAUGCCUGUAUUGCAAGACUGUGUUCCAAUACGAUGGCAUAUCUUGCUAUCUAUACUGCAUAAAUCCGUAAUUAACGAUGGAUGCGCGUGCAGUUCAAACAGCAGUAACUUCCCGCGUAGAGUGAUGUCCGUGCACGAGGUAGAGGAACUUCUUCAAGAUUGUGGAUUAUUUCGAAGCGAUCAAGAUACGUGCAAGAUGUUACAACAUUUGCAUGAUCUAGGAGAAAUAUUGUAUGUUAAGCCGGAUUAUGGCAAAGAAUACAUUAUUACUCAAGUCGAAUGGUUAGCGAAGAUUUUCCAAGUUCUCUUUGCAUCCGCUUUCGGCCAAAAAGCAGACGCUACGAGAAGAUUCUCUUUCACCAGGAUUACUAAAAUUAAGACAGACGGUAUAAUGAAAGAAAGUCAUAUAACGAACGUAUUAAGAGAGUUUAGUUUAGACGACAAAGAGAAAGAAGCAAUAUUACAGCUAUUAGAAAAUUACAAUAUCAUAUGUCCAAGAAAUAAUGCGAAUGCCAAUAACGAAAGUGUUGCAGCGGCUGGACGUGAGUACUUCGUACCGAUUAUCAUUACUCCAAAUUUCAAAUCGAAAAUUGAUAUUGGCAGUCUAAAUGAUGCUGGAUAUCAUGUAUCAGAAAGCUUAUAUAUCCAAUUCGAGGAUAAUUCGUAUAUUCCUGAUGUGAUAUUCUAUCCUUUCCUUAUUUCUUGCUUGAGAAAGUGGAAUAAUCUGGAAGCAGAAUUAUUUUAUAGAGGUGCUAAACUAUUUUUGGAGAAUGAUUUAUACUACCUGCUUAUUGUCAAGGAGAGAUCCAAAAUUAGUUUGCGGUAUUUCUAUAAGAAAAGUACUAAUCUGUCUGACGAACUGAUUAAGAAAUUAGUUUGGAAAAGUCGUCCACAAGAGCUUAUUCAAGGCAGAUUUUUCGAUACUGCCAAGAAGUAUAUGCCAAAGUCCAUGAAUAGUAGUUUAGCAAAUUAUGUUAAAUGUAGCGAAUGUGGCCAAUUCUUAAAUUUGUUCAGUUUCACAGAAGAUAGUCGUUGUAAAAAGUGUAUUUAUUGCGGUAAAACUGCAAAAUCCAUGGGUGAUUGGAUAAACCUGGAAGCCUAUAGAAUAGAAUUAAAUAAAGUUAUUGCUUUUACAUCAAGGUCUACAGCUGAUACAAGGCGCCAUUUUUUCACCGUAGCUAAAGAAAUUGGUAUCGAUUGGGAGAAGCUAGCGGGUGCACUAGGCAUACAUUGUAACGAGACCUCAGUUAUCGACGCCGAGAACAAAAAUUAUUAUAAUAAAGCAAAUCAACUCUUGGAGAAAUGGUAUACGCAAAAUUACUGCCUCAAAGCUACUUACACUCUAGCAUGUGCUCUAGAUCAUAUUGAAAGACGCGAUAUUCUUGCAAAGCUCAAGUUCAAUUCGUUGGAACUGUCUGAUCUUAAAACUGCCGGAAGAACCGAUAUUCUUGAGCGGCUAAAUUGGCAUUAG